AAGUUCAAGUAAUCUCGCUCGUCGUGUGCGAGUCUAAAUUGCAUUACACCACAAAUCGAAAUAUAAACAAUGACACGUUAUCAUACCCAGCAAGUGACAUGAUACCAAACAAAUCAACAACUCUUACUUAAUCUGGAAAGAGUUCAUGUAUAAUAAUGGGUUACAAAGCGGCCGCACAGGUGUUGAAGAAGGCGGAGCCGCUGAAAGCCAAAGUAUCUGCCAAGCAGCAGGAUCUUUUGAACAACCUGCAUGCUUGGACCGACCAACAGCAAUUACAGACUAUCUAUCAUCAGGUUUUGGUUAUAGAUUUAGAAUAUGCACUUGACAAGAAAGUGGAGCAGGAUUUAUGGACAUUGGGAUUUAAGAAUCAUAUAUCUGCCCUACAGGAGCUCACCAGAGAUAAAAAGAAUCCCAGAAGAAGUGAUUCCCAAUAUCUGCUAUCAUGGUGCUUAGAAGCUGCUUCAGGUUUCUAUCUAUCCUUGCUGCAAGAGUUAUGCUCCACUUAUGACCUAGACCUGCCCUUUAGAAAAUGUGGAGCAGUUUUUGGAAGACUGAGAUCAUAUACAGAGUCAGCCAUGAUUGUGCCUCAAUCCUCUUCCUGUUUGUACAUUUGUCAAUAUUGUCUAGUGCACCUGGGUGAUAUAGCUAGGUACAGAAAUCAGAGGCAACAGGCUGAAAGUUUUUACAAGCAUGCUAUACUAGUUUCACCAAACAGUGGCCAUCCCUAUAAUCAGCUAGCAUUAUUGGAGACUUCUCAGGGCGAUAAGCUGUCGACAGUGUUUCAAUACGUGCGUGGUAUUGCGGUGAAAAAUCCAUUUCCCGCAGCCAUUUCUAACUUGACGAAAACAUUAUCAGCACAAAUUGACAAGGACAACCCCGUACAAGUCGUUCAAACCAAACUCUCUGUCAAUGAAUUCAUCAGUUUGUUUCUUCGUAUGCACGCAUUGCUUCACACCCAAACUGACCUGAAGCAAGCGGCGAUUUGUUUGAAGAGUAUCAAUGCCACGCUGACAGCACUUGUCGCUACGCAGAGCUUCUCCGAGGACCAGUUGAUUAUGCUCAGCAUUAUUAAUAUGUAUGCGUUGCAUCAUUUAGGAAAGGACGAACUCACCGAUGAGGAAAAAAUCACCGCAGAAAUGGCGUUGGCUUUGUUGGCUGGAUCACUAAGUGCGUUUUUACUUCCGGUGUAUACGCUGAAGAAUGACGCCAGUAUUUUGGAUUAUUAUGCGCUACCCGCAAUUAGACUAUUGUUACUUUGGAUUAAGUGCAAACCAAACUUAUUGAAAGAAACCGAAUUUACUAGUCGACUGCAAAUUUGGCCAGGUUACUGUAAACUGUUGAAUAAUAUUACUGAACAUGUUGAUAGUCAAUACUCUAAUGAUGAAUAUGUAAAUAAACCUUUAUUAGCGGACAAAGAGUUGCAAGGCUUCACUCCGUUCAAAGAAGCUUUUAGUCAUUUGAAAUUCAAAGAGAGUUUGGAGGAUAUUGACGCGGAGAAACACUUGCAGGCUCUGCGAUUAAUUGACCUAGGCAAAUGGUUGUGCACUUUUGAUGUGAAUGGCAGUAAAUUAAUUAUUAGCAAUGAGAUUGAUGGGGUAUUAGUGUUUGAGCCAGGUUGCAUUCAGCCGGAUCCAACAGAUAAACUGUUAGAGGAAAUGAAAUCGUUUAAAGUUUCGGAACCAUUUGAUGUAUCAAAAUUGAAAGCUUCUGAAAGGAAAGCAGGCAUUUUGAAACCGCAAGGUUCGCUGGAAAAGUCUCGUGAAGAGCGGCAAGUUAAACUACAAGAGGAAAAUACAAAUGUGCCUAAAUUAGAUAACGCUAAAAUGAAGAGAGUGACGCAGAACGUGGCAUUGCAGUCGAUAUAUAAGAAAUUAGAGGAAAAUAAACAAGUUAAAUUUAGUCCGGAAGCAACAGAAAAACAGCCUGUUAAGAAACCCCUCUUACCCGCCCCGCCACCGUCCCAAUUAGUAAAUCAAUCCUUCCGAAUGCAAUUUCCUAAUCAAAAUCAUAACUUACCACCACCACAUAACAACGAGAAAGAUUUCUUCUCGUAUGCGCCACCUCCGCAAAUCCCAAUGCCGCCACAGAGCGGAGGCCCAACACCACAUAUGGAAAACAUGCACUAUCAAAAACCACCUAUGGAUAUGUCCAAUUUCAUGAUGAAUAACAUGCCAAACAUGGCGCCUAACAUGGCACACAACGCUAUGAACAAAAGCUUGUUCAAUGGCCCUCCGUCAGCAUCAAUGAAUUUUCCGCCGAUGCUAGACAAACCGACCUACAAUAUGCCAUUUAAUCGAGACGAGAGAGCUAACAACUGGUGGCCUCCACCACCACAAACUGGCCCGGGGCCUGGAUCCGGUCCACCGGCACCCAGCGGCCCUGGACCCAAUUGGCAACAACCGCCCCCACAGCAACAGUAUCCGAAGGAUUACUACUUGUUUAAUCAAAAUUACAGCCAACAGGGUCCACCACCGCAACCACAACAAGGACCCAGCGACAUGUUUAGUCCAUGGAACAACGCGCGUGGGCCAAACACCAACAUGAGUAUGAACAUGCCGCCUAAUCAACACCAUUCGAUGAAUAUGAGGCAGGCAAUGCUGAACGAGAGCAGCAAACAUAUGAUGCCAAAUAAUGCAGGUCCUAGUAAUCAAAACAACAUAAAUAAUGCACCUGGAUAUUCUCUCUUCAACACAUCGUCGUGGGCGCCAGCUUUACCGCAGCUGCGCUCCAAUGGAGACUUGCAACGCCAGCAGUCGUUCUUUGGCGCAGCACCACCGCAAUCUCUGCAGCAGCUCCUCGAGCAACAGAGCAAACUAAAAGGCGAUACUUGAACGCAGAUUCCAAUAUCAACCGGACUUAUGAAUACACAUCCGCUGCUGGCCAACAGUCGACGUCCACGCAGGUAAUCACAGGCGCCCACACCGAAACGCCACACAAAUGAAAAAUAAGAGAACUUUAUUGGUUGCUUCUUGCUACACACUUAAAUAUAGAACAUAUCUAUAGAACAAAAACUAAUUCAAUUGUCAAUCAAAAAGACACAACGUUCAAUAAAAGAGUGGAGGCGUGUAAUUGUUUGCCAACCGAAAAAUAAAUAAAUAAUGCCACAGCA